AUGGCCAACCGAGAAGUUCUUUCGUCUCGAACCGAGACUCUCAACAAGUACCUCAAGCUCGACCAGAAGGGCAAGAUCAUGGCCGAGUAUGUCUGGAUCGACUCUAUCGGCGAGACUCGAUCAAAAUCCAGGACGCUCCCUCAGCUUGAGGGCAAAGAAUACACCCCCGAGGAUCUUCCCGUCUGGAACUUCGACGGCUCUUCAACUGGCCAGGCCCCCGGUCACGAUUCCGAUGUCUACCUGCGCCCUGCCGCCGUCUACCCCGAUCCUUUCCGCGGCUCUCCCAACAUCAUUGUCCUCGCCGAGUGCUGGAAUGCCGACGGCACUCCCAACAAGUACAACUACCGCCAUGAGUGCGCCAAGGUCAUGGAGGCCAACGCCUCUCUCGAGCCCUGGUUCGGUCUCGAGCAGGAGUACACUUUCCUCGACCACGACGACAGGCCUUUUGGAUGGCCCGUUGGCGGUUUCCCUGCUCCUCAGGGUCCCUACUACUGCGGUGUAGGCAGCGGCAAGGUCGUCCUCCGUGACGUCGUCGAGGCCCACUACAAGGCCUGUCUGUAUGCCGGCGUCAACAUCUCCGGUACCAACGCCGAGGUUCUCUCAAGUCAGUGGGAGUUCCAGGUCGGCCCUUGCGUCGGCAUCAACAUGGGUGACGAGCUCUGGAUCGCCCGUUUCUUCCUUGCCCGCAUCGCCGAGGACUUUGGCGUCAAGAUCUCCCUGCACCCCAAGCCCAUCAAGGGUGCUUGGAACGGCAGCGGUCUGCACUCCAACUUCUCCACCAAGCAGAUGCGUGACGAGGGCGGCAUGAAGUACAUCGAGGAGGCCCUCAAGGCCCUCGAGCCCCACCACGCCGAGUGUAUCAAGGAGUACGGCGAGGACAACGACCUCCGUCUCACCGGCGAGUACGAGACCGGCUCCAUCGAGAAGUUCAGCUGGGGUGUUGCCAACCGUGGCACAUCCAUCCGCGUUCCCCGCGAGACUGCCGCCCGUGGCUGCGGUUACUUUGAGGAUCGCCGACCCGCCUCCAACGCUGACCCUUACCGUGUCACCAAGAUCCUGAUGACUUCAAUUUUCGGCAAGGUCUAA